CAGCAUUUUCGUGCUGGAGUCAUGGCUUCCCGUAGUGCUGGAACUCUCAUAACCAACUACAAUGCCACAUACAUCCCUCCCGCCUUAAUGCCCGGAUACCGUGGCUUUGUUCCAACAAUAAAUUUUACAUAUGGCGAUACUUAUGGAAACAGCACCAGGAAAUACUUUGAAGAUUUCCGCAUGUCAGCUCUGAACACAAGUCAGAGUCCUUACAGCAAAGGAGGGCAAUUUCCAACCAUUUAUUCCAACAACCCAUGUCUUGUGAUAGAAAAUAGGCUGCGCAACAGGAAUAGAUGGCUGUAUGCGCCACAGUGGUCCAGAUACGAUGUGGAUUUCAACAGGGAUGAAGAAAUAAAAGCUUUUGAUAAGUUAUCUCAGCAACACCGGGAGAACUACAAAGACAAGACAGGCACAAUACCCCGAGUGGAUCAUUUUGUGCUACCUGGAAAAGAGGAAGAUGCAUUCCCUUGUUUACCAAAUAUCCAACGAGACAAAGAUGAUUGUCCUUCUCCUAACUACAUUUCCUGGCCACGCGAGUACUUGGACAGUCACUGCAAAGAUAACUUGGAAGCUGCUCUGUGCAUCUCUCCAAAAGGAUAUUCGGGUGUUGCCAUGAACAAACCUCCAUACUGGCAUUGUCCAUCACUGGAUAAGGGGAUGCUGUUUGGUGGUAAUGGUCCAACAUCACCACUACAAUGCAGUCCCCAGAAGGUUAGUGACUACCAAGCAGGAUAUGAUCGAACAACAUACUUUUGUGAAGACAAAUAA